AUGACAAGAAACAAGGGACAGGAAAAACGGGUGUCGUUUGCCUACGCCUUGGUGACAGCUGUGUGGCCCGCAAACAUCAGAAAAAGCACGGAGAGCAACAAUUCACGUGACGAGGGGCAUCUGCCUUCAAACUUGUCGUUAUUGGAACAUGGCUGUUUGGUUCACCAAACGGUAGACUCCCUCCGCUUGGAACUCGAGCUGCCGCUUGUGCUACGCUACCGCAUGGUAGAGUACGUGUGGCAGCAGUGUUACCGCGUUGUCCUGCCGGAUGCCACGGAGUUACCACGUCGUCCUUCCAGCGUUGUCACCACCGCUGAGGAAGACGCGCGGGAGGCGCGGACGGAUUUGCACAUCUCCUCAACGUCACUUCGGAUCAUGGACGGUGUGAGUCUGGACAGCUUGAAAAUUAUAGCGGAAACCGCCCUUGUCCUUCAUCCAUAUUCGCGGCGACUUGACCCAGUGACACGCCCCAUUAUCGCGUUCCUCCGGCACACGUGCACGCUGCAGCUGAGCCGGCGACAAAAUUGUCUGAUUGGUCUUUUACCGAAGCUUAUGGAGAUUCUCAUUUUGUUAUGUCACUGCCUCGAACGCGGGGCACUAAGGUUUCUGAAUAGAGCUGGCGACGACGAUUCUUUUCACAAUAGCCGGGGUGGUGGAAGUCAUUCUCCAUCACUGUCGCUCCGCUCUAACUCGCUUCGCGACAACGCUCGAGCUGCAAAAGCGACCAGCUUCUCCCAUCGCUGCGCAUGGUGGCUAAGCCGUCUCCGUUUCCGGGCAACCCCCCACCCACACCGUCUUUUUACGGAUUUGAAAGAGUUACUGCUGAACCCGGGCCCGCUAUGCGACGUGAAGGCGAUGUACCUCCGGCACAUCGCGCACCGCUUUUUUCCGCAACUGCCGUUUCUCCAACGCACUCUCGUGGCAUCUGGCAGUGAUGACGAAAGGAAUAAUGAGCUCUUUGGAGAGGACUCACUUACACAAAAUGUGGCGGAAGGCGUUUACGGGGCGAAGGAGCCUGUGGAGUACUCCGGCACUGAGCUUGGCAAUCUAAGGUCGUCGUGGCAUAACGGAUAG